CGCUAUUGUCUUCUGGUCAAAUAUUUCCUACCGGAGUUCUUUACGGGACGGACAAACGAACCGGAAACCUGUCCUCGUCCACAUUCCGCUCAGCUAGCAUCGGAUUAUCCGCAGAUCGUGAAACAACAACAACAACUUCAUCAUGUCUGCGAUUCUGAACGCGUUGAACAGCGACUCUUACAUCGACGUCAGUCAAUACAGGGACCAGCACUUCAAGGGUAAUCGUUAUGACCAGGAGAAGCUGCUGAAGCAGAGCCACACUUUGUAUGUGGGGAACCUCUCCUUCUACACCACAGAGGAGCAGGUACAUGAGUUGUUUUCUAAAAGUGGAGACGUGAAGCGGAUCAUCAUCGGCCUGGAUAAAGUCAAGAAGACGGCCUGCGGAUUCUGUUUUGUCGAAUACUACACACGUGCAGACGCAGAACACGCCAUGCGCUUCAUUAAUGGCACACGACUCGACGACCGCAUCAUCAGGACAGACUGGGACGCCGGCUUCAAAGAGGGACGACAGCACGGCCGCGGCAAAUCUGGAGGACAGGUGAGAGAUGAGUACCGGCAGGACUACGACCCAGCCAGAGGCGGCUAUGGUAAACUGGCUCAGCAGCAUCCGGCCACAGAGCAGCGCAACACGUUUUAGACUGAACCCUCCUGGUCCACACAGAGCUCCAGCGUCAGCGCUGGGCCGGAUUCAUCCCCUAACGAUGCCAACACAGAUUGUUUGUUCAAGUGUUGCCAUGAGACACUCGACAGCAGGUCAGCAUGAACCAGUGGACUCUGGAAAUCAGCAGCUGUUAUUUAUUUCUUCUGCAGACUUGUUUCCUCUUCUAAUUGGCUUCCAUACCUGUUAUCAGUCUGUAUUGGCCCCAAAGUUAAACUGUGAUAUGUAGUGAUCUUUUCAUUAUCCUGCAAACAGAAACACGUUGUACGUUCCCACAACCUGGACGACUCUGACAGGAUGCAGCGACUGGGUUAACAAAUAUAUCAAAUGGACAAAAUGAUCUUCAUGUCAGGAAUUAAUCGUAGUCUGCUGAAGUACUGAUUUCUAUGAAUGAAACUUUCUGUCCCAAACAGUGUUUACUUUUUUUAAAUAAAGAUAUUUUUUGGUUCA